GCCUGCGGCGGGAGCGGAGCGAGCGGCCCGGCGGGAGAUCGAGCAUGAGCGGCGGGGAGGGCUGCGGCGUGUGAGGGGCCGGGCGGGGUCCGCUCCCUGAGGAGCGAUGGGGCCCGGCAGUCGGGGCAGGGGCCGCGGGGCAGAGGUUGCGGGACGGUCCUGGGGCGACGGGGGCCGUGCACUGCCCGGCGGCCCCGCGGCUUGGUGGCGGGUCCCGCGUCGCCAUCUCCUGCCGCUGCUCUUGCUGCUCCUGCUGGCCGCGGGGGCCGAGAGCCAGGCGAGCCCCAGCUCCGACCCGCUCGGCGUGGGCUCCCCCGCAGGCCCCGGCCUCAGCCUCUACAUGAGCGAGGAGGAGGUGCGCAGGCUGAUCGGUCUUGAUGCAGAGCUAUAUUAUGUGAGGAAUGAUCUUAUUAAUCACUACGCAUUGUCCUUCAAUCUGUUAAUACCCAGUGAGACCAACAGUCUUCAUUUCAGUUGGCAUGCUAAAUCCAAGGUUGAAUAUAAACUGGGAUUUCAGGUAGAUAAUGCAAUGGCUAUAGAUAUGCCUCAGACUAAUAUUUCUGUUCAAGGAGAAGUCCCUCGUGCUUUAUCAGAUGCACUGAGAUAUGUGAUAAACAAAUUCUACUUUCUGAAACAUGCUAAACAAAGGAAAAUCAAACACGUGUUUCGUGUUGAACUCUCCUGCACAGGCAGACUAGAUUCUGAGGUUACAAUAUUAAUGCAGCUCAACUUAACAAUAAAUUCCUCAAAAAAUAUCACAGUCUUAAAUUUCAAACGAAGGAAAAUGUGCUACAAAAAAUUUGAACAAGAAGUAAAAACUCCAACAUCUGACAAAAACAGCAGCAAAGCUAUUUUUGAUCCUGUAAAUGCCGCUCCCACCACUUCUACCCGUGUGUUUUAUAUCAGUGUAGGGGUUUGCUGUGCUGUUAUAUUCCUGGUGGCAAUAAUAUUAGCUGUCUUGCAUCUUCAUAGUAUGAAAAGAAUAGAGUUGGAUGACAGCAUUAGUGACAGCAGCAGCUCACAAGGUUUAUCUCAGCCCUCUACACAGACGACACAGUACCUGAGAGCUGACACCCCUAACAAUGCCACACCAGUAACCAGUUAUCCUACAUUACGUAUAGAGAAGAAUGAUCUUAAAAGCGUCACCUUGAUGGAGGCAAAAGCUAAAGUGAAGGACAUAGCAAUCUCCAGAGAGAGGAUAACUCUAAAAGAUGUACUCCAAGAAGGCACCUUUGGACGCAUUUUCCAUGGAAUUUUAAUAGAGGAAAAAGACCCCAGUAAAGAGAAACAAGUUUUUGUCAAAACAGUCAAAGAUCAAGCCUCGGAAGUGCAAGUGACAAUGAUGCUGACAGAAAGCUGUAAACUCCGAGGCCUUCAUCACAGGAACCUGCUCCCUAUCACCCAUGUCAGUAUAGAAGAUGGGGAGAAACCCAUGGUGCUGCUGCCUUUCAUGAACUGGGGGAACCUUAAGCUGUUCCUGCGCCAGUGCAAGUUAGUAGAGGCCAACAAUCCUCAGGCAAUUUCCCAGCAGGAUCUUGUUCAUAUGGCUAUUCAGAUUGCCUGUGGAAUGAGUUAUUUAGCAAGAAGGGAGGUCAUUCACAAAGACCUGGCUGCUAGAAACUGUGUCAUUGAUGAUGCACUUCAGGUCAAGAUUACAGACAAUGCGCUAUCCCGAGACCUAUUCCCCAUGGACUAUCAUUGUCUGGGAGAUAAUGAAAACAGGCCAGUGCGGUGGAUGGCUCUUGAAAGCUUGGUUAACAAUGAAUUUUCCAGUGCUAGUGAUGUGUGGGCAUUUGGAGUAACACUGUGGGAGCUGAUGACUUUGGGGCAGACUCCAUAUGUGGAUAUUGACCCUUUUGAGAUGGCUGCAUAUCUAAAGGAUGGAUACAGAAUAGCUCAGCCAAUCAACUGCCCUGAUGAACUGUUUGCUGUGAUGGCCUGUUGUUGGGCCCUAGAUCCUGAGGAAAGACCCAAAUUCCAGCAGCUAGUGCAAUGUCUAACGGAAUUCCAUGCAGCUCUGGGAGCUUAUGUCUGACGCUUCAGGCAUGGAUUCCAUAUGCUACUUGGGAAGGGACAGUGCAUAUACGUCCAGCGCCAUGCAUCACUUGGACCUACUCACGCACUAAGUGUAUAAAGCAACGCCAACGGGAGAAAGCACUUCUUCCAAAACACUGUGCCUUAGAAUGCUUUUGUAGCCUGACUUUUUUUGUAAGACCUCUUGAUGUUGAGUAUUUUCUAGAUAUCACUUUUGCUAAGUUAAAUUGAGACAGUUUUAUUUGCCACCAGGUUUUCUAAAAUAUUAGUGAUAGUGAACUUGAACACAAGAGUUGGACGGACUUUUGCACUGUUACAACAGACACAAGUUGUUUUUUUAAAGGUUAUUUUAGAGCUGGUAGGAAAAGGGGGAAAUUAUGCAAACAACAUUGCAGAGACUUUUCCCAUUUAGAAACUGAAAUUUUCUGACCAGCUCUAGUGCUUGAUUUUGUAUUUAUCUGGAAUAGCUUUUUAGUAUCAACUGCUUUUCUUUUGAGACGAUGGCACAAAAACAUUGGGUCCAUAAGUGGCAUCUUAUUUUUUAACCAAUUCUUCAUCAACGGUUCUUGGAAAAGCUGGUCUUCAAGAUGCAAUAUCAUCUUUCUAAGACAAUAAGCAAUGUAAAAGAGAUUCCAGUUUACCUCAUACAGAGUGGUAAGGAUCGGACUGAAUGGAGCCUGUUCUUGCAAAUGAAAGGCUGACAUGAUUUAAGAUAGUUCCAAAUGCUAAGUAGAGGCCUUCAGAGAAGCACCAAAAUAGCCCUUAUUUGGGUGCCUUUCACCUCAGAUUUCUAGAUUGCAGUUUCUCUUGCUGAAAAGGUACUGGUUGUUUUUAGGGUUUUUAUGGCCUGAAAUGGGCUUAAAUACAUAAAUAUAUAUUUGUAAAGACACACACUUGCAGAGUAAAGAAUGUUUUUCUAUUAUAAUGAUUGUGAAAAUUUAAUCCCUAACACUGGCUAGUGUAUCAAGCUUGCAGGUUCUGAAAUAUAUCUUUAUUAGGACUAGUUUAUGUAGCCCACUGUGAAAGCAUUAGAUUGCACCUCCCUUGACUGCAAAGCCCAAAGAUUCAACAUGUAUCGUUAUCUUACCCACCCCCAUCUGCCCCAGACUUCUAUGCCAUCUCACCGGGGGAGGAGAUGGGGAUGUUCCAUCCUGUCAGUGAGUUGUAAGUAACAUCCAGAAUAUAGGUAUGGCUUGUAGGGAAAUGGAGGCUGGAGGUUUCCAUUGAUUCAGCUUGAGGCUCAGAGAGGAGAAUUUUCACUUUUUCAUGAGAUUCAAGCUGCCUCCAUUAGAGCUCUCAGGCAGCAUGAAGCAGCCUAUACUUCAGAUCAUACAGCACAUAAGCACAACCAGCAAGCAUCCCACUAGUUUCACUCACUUUAGGAUGAGAGCCCCAUACCCUGAAGCUCCCUGCAGCUGUCAUUGGCCAUUGCUGUCAGAAUAGGCCCUGUACCUGAUGGUUAUUGACACCAAGGUUUAGAAAUCUUUGAUUUACAAGGACAAGAAAUUAGACUUGGCUAUGAUAUGUGCAUAUUAAAAAUUAGAGCAGCCUUUCUCAAACUUCUGAAAUCUGAGCCCCCUUUCAGGAAAAUAAAACCAGUCUCUCCCCUGCCACGUUAAGGCAGUAUCUGGGAAGAGUUUGCAAUGCUACUGUAUGUGUACCCCUUUCCUCCCCGAGCUGUGCCUUCAUACUUUCUACAGCAUGUACCCUGUAAUUUGGGAAACAUGGAACUAGAAAAUUUUAAGUCCCUCAAAUAGAAAAGCUGUCUUUAUCCUUACAUGGAGAGGUCCUCAACCUGUGAUCAGAGAAACAAGUCAUGUUUCAUUCCAAACAACUUUUUCUGAUCAUUGUAAUGAGCUGUAAUAAUAAAUGCUGGCACACCCA